UUUCCUUCCAAUGGAGUCUUUGCGACUGUCGAUCGUCCAGCCCGAUGAUUGGCAUCUUCACCUGCGAGACGGCAAUGGUCUUGCAUCUGUAGCGCCGCACAGUGCGAGUGUGUUCAAGCGCGCUAUUGUAAUGCCCAAUUUGAAGCCUCCCAUUACCACACUUUCUCAAGCGCUGGCUUACAGAGAACGAAUCUUGAAAGCUCUUCCACCGGAUUCCACUUUCACCCCCUUGAUGACACUCUAUCUCACCGAUGACACUACCACCUCGGAGAUCAAGCUUGCAAAGAAGAGUGGAGCUGUUUUUGCCGUGAAGCUUUACCCCGCUGGCGCGACUACAAACUCGCAAGCUGGAGUGACGGAUUUGUUUGGAAAAUGUAUGCCAGUCUUGGAAGAAAUGGCGAGGAGUUCCUUGCCUCUACUGGUGCACGGAGAGGUGGUGGACACAAGCGUCGAUAUCUUUGAUCGCGAGAAAGUUUUCAUCGAUACAAUCCUCUCGCCGCUCGUCACCAAGCUUCCAGAGCUCAAGGUGGUCAUGGAGCACAUCACUACUCGCGAUGCCGUGGAGUUUGUGGAGAGCGUUACUUCAGGAAAUGUGGCUGCUACUGUUACUCCACAGCACUUGCUACUCAAUCGCAACGCAAUCUUUCAGGGCGGCUUGCAACCACACUUUUAUUGUCUCCCAGUUCUUAAGCGAGAACAUCACAGACAAGCACUGAUCAAGGCUGUUACGAGCGGGAGCAAUAAAUACUUCCUUGGUACUGACAGUGCUCCUCACGAGAAAAGAGCCAAAGAAGCGUCCUGUGGGUGUGCUGGAAUUUACAGUGCUCCGGUUGCUCUACCUCUCUACGCCCAAGUUUUCGAAGAGGCAAGUCUCGAUUCCUUUCUUUCUCUUGUUCCUACCAUUGUUCUUGAGUUGAUAUGUUUCCAGGCCGGAGCUCUUGACAUGCUGGAAGCGUUUACGAGCCUAAACGGUCCAAACUUCUACGGCCUUCCCGCGAACAAGGGAACUGUGACGCUGGUAAAGACGCCUUGGUGCGUGCCAACAGCGUAUAGCUUUGAGUCGGGGACAGUGGUUCCAAUCUUCGCUGGAAAAACAAUCCAGUGGAGUGUCGAGAGCGUCAUCAAUGGUGAAGAUAGUUGCGAGAAAAAGAACGAGCUGGAAAGCUUACGGGUUUGAAAUCGAGGUUGCUCAAGCUUUGAGUCAGUACAAUCCUGUUUCCAUGCUGGACGCUGAUCUGAAAAUGUUCUACUCGCUUUUCAUUAAAUGAGGCAUACUAGCUGAGCUGAAAGAUCGAUCACAAGGACAGUUUAUUUC